AUGUUUUUAAAGAAUAUUUUCAUUGCUCUUGCUAUUGCUUUAUUAGUCGAUGCUACUCCAACAACAACCAAAAGAUCAGCUGGUUUCGUUGCUUUAGAUUUCAGUGUUGUGAAAACUCCUAAAGCAUUCCCAGUUACUAAUGGUCAAGAAGGUAAAACUUCCAAAAGACAAGCUGUCCCAGUGACUUUACACAAUGAACAAGUCACUUAUGCUGCUGAUAUUACCGUUGGAUCCAAUAAUCAAAAACUUAAUGUUAUUGUUGAUACUGGAUCAUCUGAUUUAUGGGUUCCUGAUGUUAAUGUUGAUUGUCAAGUCACUUAUAGUGAUCAAACUGCAGAUUUCUGUAAACAAAAGGGGACAUAUGAUCCAAGUGGUUCAUCAGCUUCACAAGAUUUGAAUACUCCAUUCAAAAUUGGUUAUGGUGAUGGAUCUUCAUCUCAAGGUACUUUAUAUAAGGAUACCGUUGGAUUUGGUGGUGUUUCGAUUAAAAAUCAAGUUUUAGCUGAUGUUGAUUCUACUUCAAUUGAUCAAGGUAUUUUAGGGGUUGGUUAUAAAACCAAUGAAGCCGGUGGUAGUUAUGAUAAUGUCCCUGUCACUUUAAAAAAACAAGGAGUCAUUGCUAAGAAUGCUUAUUCACUUUAUCUUAAUUCUCCAGAUGCUGCCACGGGACAAAUAAUUUUCGGUGGGGUUGAUAAUGCUAAAUAUAGUGGUUCAUUAAUUGCAUUACCAGUUACUUCUGAUCGUGAAUUAAGAAUUAGUUUGGGUUCAGUUGAAGUUUCUGGUAAAACCAUCAAUACUGAUAAUGUCGAUGUUCUUGUGGAUUCAGGUACCACCAUUACUUAUUUGCAACAAGAUCUUGCUGAUCAAAUCAUUAAAGCUUUCAAUGGUAAAUUAACUCAAGAUUCCAAUGGUAAUUCAUUCUAUGAAGUUGAUUGUAAUUUGUCAGGGGAUGUUGUAUUCAAUUUUAGUAAAAAUGCUAAAAUUUCCGUUCCAGCUUCCGAAUUUGCUGCUUCUUUACAAGGUGAUGAUGGUCAACCAUAUGAUAAAUGUCAAUUACUUUUCGAUGUUAAUGAUGCUAACAUUCUUGGUGAUAACUUUUUGAGAUCAGCUUAUAUUGUUUAUGAUUUGGAUGAUAAUGAAAUUUCUUUGGCUCAAGUCAAAUAUACUUCUGCUUCCAGUAUUUCUGCCUUGACCUAA